AUGACUGCAGCUGGCGCCAUUUUCACUCAACUACAAAUUAGAGAAACCCAUAACAAGGCAAAAGGAAGACGUUUUACAAUGGAGGAAAAGUUACUAAGUUUAUCAUUGUACAAACAAAGUAAAAAAUCUUACCGGCUACUUUCUAAAUUGUUUACAUUGCCUUCAAGAAAAACGCUAUCCUCACUUUUGUCCAAAAUACCGAUUAAAACUGGUUUAGAUGAGACUUUUUUGAAAGUUUUGGGAGAAAAUGUUAAACAUUUAAAAAAAAAAGAUAAAUUCUGUGUUAUACUAUUUGAUGAAGUCAGUUUAGAAGCUCAGCUCCAUUAUGAUCACAAUGUAGGAAAUAUUAUGGGAUUCGAAGAUAAUGGUUUAGGACGUACCCAAAAUUUUGCAGACCAUAGUUUGGUCUUUAUGAUAAAGGGUAUAACCAAAAAAUACAAACAACCAAUGUCAUACACAUUUUGCCAGAGUUCAACUAAUAAACAUGAUUUGGCCAACCAAAUAAGAAAGGUGAUUCAAGCAGUAACAUCUGUUGGUCUGAAAGUUGUUGCUACAAUUUGCGACCAAGGAACUUCCAAUAGUGCUGCUAUUAGAGUAUUGCACAAUUAUACGAAAGAAUACUAUUUACGAAGAAACGAAAAUAACUAUGAUGAUAACUUCUAUGAGAUUCAAUGUGGAGAUGAACGCGUCAAAGUUAUUCAUCUGUAUGAUUCUCCGCACUUGAUAAAAGGAAUCAGAAAUAACCUCCUCAACAAAAAUCUUGUGUGUACAAUAAAUGGAGAGCGGAAGGAAGCACGCUGGCAAGAUAUUAUAGAUUUGUAUGAAUUGGACAAUAAUAUUCAAGAGGUAAGAAUGUUACCUAGACUCACUAGAGAACAUGUUAUACCAAACGAAAUUAGAAAAAUGAAGGUUAAAAAUGCUUGCCAAGUAUUAAGUCAACGAGUAGCAGCAAUUCUAAAUUUUUUAGCUUCAAGGGAUAUAAUGGACGUUAAGGCAAAGGAUACAGCAGAUAUUUGUUUAUUUUUCGACCAGAUUUUCGAUUCUGUCAAUGGUAACUUCCACAAAGUUGUUGAUGGAAAGGUGUAUCGUACGGCUGUGACAAAAAACUCCCCACACCACCAACUAUGGAGAAAUGCAAUUAAGGUGAUGGAAACUAUGCACUUUGUAGACAGUGUAACAAAACAGAAAUGUAAAUCUCAGCCACCUACAAUUAAAAAUUGGAUACUAACUUUGAAAGGAUUUCAAAAUGUAGUCAAAGUUAUGAAUGCUAAUGGUGUGCAUUCUCUACUAUUAAGAAACUUCAAUCAGGAUCCAUUGGAGAAUAUGUUUGGUGCUUUGCGGGCUCUAGGUUACAGGAAUAAUAAUCCUAAUUGCCAGAUGUUUGCAUCUUCUUACAGAACCCUGGUGUUGAACAAUUUUCUGUCAAGUCACUCGCCUGGCAGUAACUGCGAAGAUGACCAAGGUAAUAGUGGGCUGAUGUCAUUUCAAACUUUAUUUGAUGCUUACUCAAAAGAAAUGUUGGAAGCAGAGGUGACGGAACCAUUACAAGACAGGGUUGCUGAUGGAAAACUGCGAAAAAAACCACAAACGGAAAUUACCCAUGCUCAACUUGAACAUCAAACCAAUACUUAUAUAGCUGGAUACAUUUGCAAAAAACUCAAUACAGUAUUCAUCAAAGAUUGUUCAAAGUGCCUGAAGGAAAUCUGCACGUCAACUCCAACAGAACAGCAUGAUCUAGUUAAAAACAGGGAUUACCAAUUAAAUGGGAAAUUAAAUCUAAAAUACCCCAAUACAACAUUUUGUCAACUAGUUCAAAACACAAUUGAUAUUAUUUAUAAGCAUUUACCGAGUAUAUGUCAUCAUUCCUCGUUGAAAUGUGAAUUAGUUAAAAUUAUCAAUACAACUAUUGAUACCAACAUUGUUUCAUGUACAACUCACAAAUCAGAGUUUGGCAAAAGAUUUGUAGAAUUUGCGAUUAAACUUUUUGUCCAUAACUGGUGCACACAUAUUAAUCGAAUAUUAGCUGGAAAGAUGUAUAUCAAUAGUAAAGAAAGUGACCAAAUAAAAAUAUUAGCAUCUGCAAGAUACAAAAAAUUCUCUAAAAGGCCUCAAUUUAGAAAAAAAUAA